GAGAGAGAGAGAGAUAGAGUCCUGGAAGAGAGUACACACACACACACACAGUCACACAUACACAUUCACGUCGGCUCCUCUGUUGUACUUUUUUUGGGGGGGGGAUAGUGGAUUACUUUCUAAAUUGAAGCACUCGGUGAACAAACCCCAGGCAUGAUCAGGUCAGUAAACCAUUUCACUCAUUUGCUGAAAAAUUGUUUGUCUCCUUUCAUCAGUAAUGACAAUGUUUCUGCAGUGUCUUGCACAUUCCUGUCAUUUCCAGGGCUCUCUGUUCUCUCCCAGUGUAUGAAAUGUCCUCUUUUAAUGUGCUAUUCAUAUGCUUCCUCAGUUGUACACGCUAUGGUUUCGUUUCUUUAUACAUACGUAUGCCGUUCUGAUUCAUUUGUCUUCUACAUGUCAACCCAGGUUGGCUGUUAUAUGUCCAAAGGAUUCUCCUGUUCUGCACUCAUUUUUGCCCUUAUGUAUUCCAUGUUAGACAGGAUCUGCACAGAGUACAAAGUUCCCUUUGCUGUUAUGGUCUCUGGUGUUUGUGUUGUAAAAUGGGUGGCUUCAAAGAGUCAGAAACUUGUCUUGGCUGGCCAUGUGGUUUUGUGGUCAGGGUGUAAAAGCCCCCUCCAUGGCUGGACAUUUAGUAUUCAGAUUGUUUCUUGAUCGGUUGCUCACACACGUGCAUGUGUGUGUGCGCACAUCUAAACAGACAGAAAAAAUUGAGCAUAAGAAACUUCACCUGUCAAUAUCACUUAUUUUCUUCAAGUACUUCCCAACCAUCUUCACAAUACUCGUUUUAACAGGAAUAUUCAAUUAACCAUGUAAUAAAUGCAAACAAGCGAGGGCAUUUUUAACUAUUUGUACUUUAUACAUGUACCACAUGUGUGUGUCCUCUAUACGUGUACAUGUGCAAUGUCAAUAAAGAUGAUGUUAUCUUAUCUUACCAAUUUCUGGUUAUAUUCACUGUGUCUCUUGGCUCUGACACUGGCAUGUGGGUGCUCUUCAGGUGGCAGCGUGUCGGAGCGGUGUUGAACUGUGAAAUGAACUAUGGAGGGGUGCAAGGAGCCCGUCACUAGCCCAGCCAGCAGCCACACAAGCACCAGCAGCAGGACAAGCAGUAGCCCGGGGAGGGCCCGCAGCAUGCAGCUGGGCCCUCACUAACACCAAGUGGACCCGGUCCUCUCCUCUUCAUCUGGGUCUAGGGCUGCAGAAUGCUCAGUCCAGUCACCCCAUACAGUCUGUUGAAGAUGCACUGGUCUCCGGAGCACACCGCCCCCUUAUCUCAGUGGCCUGAGCAGCACCUAGAUGUCACCUCUACCACCUCACCACCAUCUACCCACAAACACGACCCCUACUCUCCAGCAGCCCGCCGCAGCUUUGCCCCUGCGGGUUACCCUUGGGCCAGUGAUGACAUAUCAGCCCUUACAGCUUCUUCUCUGCUCAAACGCUACGCUGAGAAGUACUCGGGCUUGGAGCUGUCCUAUGAACGUCCUGCCACAGGUGCUUACUCUGAGCCUGGAACUUUUCUGAAAACUGAAUCUGAGCCCUGGGCUCUGGGUCAGGGCAUGGAGUGUUACCCCGGGCUGGAGGCAUUAACCAGCGCCAAGGUGGGCUCUGCAUCUGUGGGCAUCCCAGCCACAGGAAGUGUGACGGUUGUGAGCAGUAACUUGGCCUCUGAGCCAGGCUACAGUGGUGCUGGUCCCUGCAGUGCCCCAUCAACUCAGGAAUACCCUCCUGCCUACAACAGCACCUACCUGUCUUCAGGAUACUGCCCUCAGCCCAGUGCAGCACUUCCACCUGCCCCACUACACUCUUUGCAGGCUGCACCCACUCUAGUGCCCAGCUACAGCGCCAGCACUCCUGUCUACAACUACCCUCCUGGGUGCUACCCCCAAACCAGCCUGCCCUCUGGAUACAGCCACCCCAGUGCCUCCUAUUUGCCCUCUGGGAUUAGUGCCCCCACUCCUCUGGCACCUAGGCCAACCAUGGUAGGGGGCAGUUACAGCUACCCAUCUCACAGCCUUGGAGGGAGCUCUGAGGCAGGGGUGCCACUGAAACGCAAGGCCUUUGAGAUGGCAGAGGAAGGACAGGAGGGAGCGGAAAUAGAGGGGUCACGCUACAGAAAGUAUGGCAACGGCCAUGGAAACAGUCAUGGCAAAGGUCAAGGCAACGGGCAUGGCAACGGCUACGAUAUGAGUGCUUCAGCCUCAGACCCACAGGCUUUCAAACCUUUAAAGCCCCUGAUGUCACCCCCUUAUGGUGGCGCAAGAGACUACAGCCCACCAUCAGGUCUAGCAGGAGAGAGUGUGUCAGGGGAGCACAACUUUCCUCAGCAACAAAGAAUGUCUAUGAAGAUACCUGCAUCUCACACACGGUCUGAGGACCCAACUGGAGGGCGCUGACAACCCUGAUUGGCAUUUGAGACGAUUCUCUCACUUUUUGAAACCAGCCAGGGUUCAAAAUCCAGACAGACGUGGCGGAAUUAACUUGGAUUUGUCAAUGAAACAUUUCAUUUCACUAGAGAACACAAGAAGGCACAAGACUGGUAUUUCUUGUGCAUCUUUAACAUUUUCAUUAGUCGUGUUUUUCCAAAGAUUCACAGGUGCAUUUUGCCCUGUAAGGUUGAGGUAAGUCUAAGGGGUGAGGUGAAGGCAUUCUCUACAGCGACAGCAUUAAGACAGUCUAAAUGUGUGAGUGUCUGUUUCUCUCAGGAUGAUAUUUAUUUCCUGUCUGCUACUGUGACGGCAUUACUGCAACGUUGCUGUUUUAGAAGUUGGUGUAAUUAUUUGUGGCCGUUAUGUGUGUAAAAGGCCUUUGACUGCAAUAUGUUCUACCACACCACAAAAAUCAAUAAUGACCAAAAAGUAAGGAGAGCAAUAACUGAAAUGGUGAGAUUGCCAUAUUACUUCAGCACAAUCACUGCUACUUUACACAGGCUUACUGCAAGGUUUGGUUUGUCACUUGGCCUUGAGAAAUGAGAAAUGAAUGUUUCCCUGCUCAUCCCAUGCUUUCCCCUAACCUUUAUUCAUUCUCAGUUAUGUUCAGUUUCUUUAACCCAUUUUUUUUUCACGUACUUUAUCUUAUUCUAUCCUGCUGUCCUGCUUCUUGUUCUCAACCUUUUUCAUUGCUGAAGAACUUUUGUUUUUGCCCAUUUUAUACAUACAGAGCUGCUUAUCAAAAAAUUACACAGCAUACAUGAAACUGCCCAUUUAAUUGUCUCUGAUGCAAAGAAAGAAUGGGGAAAUAAUCUUGGAUUUUUGUUCAUUUUAAAAUUUAUUUCACAGUAUAACAGUAUAUGCAACUUCAAAGCACAUCGUUUACUUGCAGAUUUCUACUGAUGUGAAAACUAACAGGUCUAUUUUCUAAAGAAUCUGUGACUAAUGUAAUAUCCAGCUUAUGCCUUCUCUUACUUAUUUUUUCAAAAUAUCUCGUGAAGUAAUCUGCAAAUAUAUACAAAUCUACAAAACUACCCAAAAAAGAAGCACGUGUAAGUCUGCAUACUGCUAAAGUUCACUAAGAACAAACAGUUUCUAAGCUUGUUUGUUACUUCUGUUGGAUGCACGGCCCAAACUGAGGCAUGCAGGUUGCAGUGGAGGAUAUGCGUUUCUGAGUGAGUGCCUCAACAUUACAUUCUCUAUGAAAAUCUACCUGCUCGUCUGCUGGGAUUUACCUUCUCUGUUUUUUUUUUUUUUUUUAAUGCAUUCUCUUUACUUUUGCAUCUCAAAAGGAUGAUUUAUAGUCAUGUUAUUGAAUACUCAGGAAGAAUAUUGUUACCUCAGAAUGAUAAAAUAAGAAUGUAUGUUAUUACCUUAGGGUGUUUGUAGGGAGCUUUAUGGAGAAAGAUGAAAACGGAGCCGUGGCUUUUAUGAGCAACACAUACUCUGAACACUUCAGGGAAACGAUUAACUUACAAGGCCUUUGAUACUAACACACACACACACACACACACACACACACACACACACACACUGCUUCUUCGCUCUGGGAAAUUAAACUUGAGGUUUGUGUACCAAGGCCUGAAAUGUUGAAUGUAAUUCAGAUAUUUUUUUUAAAAGGACAAUACAUGCCAUAAUGUACAUCUUUGAUGUUUUUAGAUAUAUGAAACAUAUUUUCUUCAUGUAUAGAUGUAAUCCUCUUAUAGGUUUUGGUGGACAAAUGAAUGACAUGUUAAGUGUUAGUGUAGUUAGUGGGGAAACGGUUUUGUGGACAAACUGUCAAAACAAAGCACUCCUGAUAAAUGACUUCUGACAUACCAAGACGUACACAAAAUACACGUUUUGCUCUAUAAUAUGUAGGUUUAUUAAAUGUCUUAAUGUGUCCAAUUCCCAUAUAUCAGUAUUUUAAAACCGCUUGACACAGUGUCACCAUUCAGUCAGCUUGACUUUAGCUCUAAUAUGAACUGCCAUCAUGAAAAAGGAAGAAGUUAAAUAUUAAACAAGUAUGUACACUGUCGGAAAAUAUGUACCGUUACAACUUUACAACUAUUUGUCAAUGAGUUUUAGCUUUGUUGCUCCACUAUGCCAUCCCUUCAUAUGUUGUGUCAUACUAUUCUGUUUGUUUCUUUUAAAUUAAGUCCUCUUGGGGUAACAAAACUGAACUCUUGCCUAAAAGCAAGCCCAAAGAGUGGAUCCCCUUUACUAAUAAAAAUUCAGGCUGAAAUACAGCUUCAGAUUCAGUCUGAAACUCAAUACGAUUAUAAAGUAUUUUAAUGCCUCUUGGAAAUAAAUGCACAUUCAAAAAAGUAGACACAAAACUACAUAUUAAUGAAAAGGUGUUAAGCAAAUGAUAAUGUAUUCUUACCCUCAGAUUUGAAAAGGAUUUAAGCGCUUAGCUACAACAGUUGAAUGCUCUUCAAUGCCACAGAAGAAGAAUGUGUUCUACAUUAACCUUCACAUUGCAAUAAACAACAGUAUUUGCUGAUACUCUAAUUCACUGAAGUAAGUGGAAUUGAAUUUGUCCAAGAGAUGGAAACUGACAUUUCAGUGUUAUCUGUGUAAUUCAGUUGUACUUUUUUGUAUCUUGUACAUUCUCUGUAACCAUUUCUACCUCAUUUUGAAGACAUUGUACAUGGAAAUAUUUAUUUCAUGUCAUUUCACAUGCCAGUUUCAGGAGCAGUGUUUCUAGUUCUUGACCUGUUAUAGUCUACCUCACUAAAGGCUGUUGUGUCAUGGAAAUGAAGAUAUCACACCAAACCCGCCUUCGUCUUUUUGUUUGUGUGGUUAAAAAAUGUUUGAGUAACAGUAACUGAAUGUCUGCCCAGAAUAACUACGCUUCUUCACUCUUCACAGCCAGUAUUGCAAUAUAGUCAGCUGAACACGCAAAAGUGUACAAUUUGUCUACAGGCAAGCAUAUAAUUUCUAAAAUAAAUGAAGAACUACAAUUUUAUUUGGGUUUAAAUGGAGCAAGAACUCAACCAAGUUAACCAAGUUAAUUCCCAAUCUGUAAAACAGUCCUUUACCCUAUAAUUUGGAUCACAUUACAAAGUCCUUCCUACUAAACUUUCUAAAAACUGAGAUACUGGACCAAUAAAAUUAAGGACACCUAAAUGUUUAUUUCUCCUUCUAGUAAACUGUAAUUUUGUUAAACUUCUUCCUCAGCAUGUAAAACUGCUAAAUAACCACAGGGCCAUUUGUGUUAUAUGAAGACCCCAAAGGAAGCUCAAGAGAGCAUAGAAUAAGGAGGACUGGAAGAAUGGAGAAGAUCCUGACCCUCUUCCACCGGACUCCACCCCCUGUCCACAGCCUUAUUGUCUGGAGGGCGGAGGGCAUGCACCGGCGUGUGACAGAUGUCUCAACCUUUUGUCCUUUCAUCCACAAUGAAUCUAACCAUGCUGCAACAUCAAACUAUUUGACAGCAAAACCCUUUUAUCUAACUUACCUUCAAUUAUAUUGGUUAUUUUCAUCAAAUCCCCAAAGGUCCCUGCAUCAUAAACAAUCUCAAAUCAUAUUCCUGGCAGUGGCAGCAGGGGUGGAAACCAGCCAUCCUCAUUUAAACAUUUUGCUAAACCCUCAGUCUGGCUCUCGUCCACUCAGCUCACCACCAUCUCAGACCCAGGUUCAGGUUCUGAGUAAACAGGUCAGCUAGUUUCUGCUAUUUAGAAGUAAGGCUCAAACUGUGACUAUGUAUAUGAAUCAAAUUAAGGAAGCAUCAAAAGUAAGCAUUAAGCAUUGGGGUCUAACAAAUAAUUAAUUCUUAAUUCACAUUUUAUACCUGUUAAAAUGUGUCUGACAACAAUUCUUUCCUCAAUUCACAUAAACAUCUGCUGCAUAAUAACAAGUCUGACAGUGACACCUACAGGAUCUUAUUAAGAAGUAUCAUAUUAUAGAAGAUAGCUGUGAAAAUAAUAGUAUCA